GGAGGCGGCGGCCUUGUCAACUCGCGUCGCCUCAGGUGGGAAGAAGCAGCAAGCAGGAGGCAGACACGUGUCGAGCGCGCCGGCUGGGGAGGGUGGGCGGAGAGAAGCGGCGAGAGUUCAGGAAAGCAAUGGCAUUUGCACCUCCCAGAAACCUGGAUGGCCCGAAGAUGCAAACCAAGAUGAGCACAUGGACACCCCUGAAUCACCAGUUGAUGAACGACAAGGUAUUUGAAGAAAGAAGAAACCUGUUGGGGAAAUGGUUUGACAAAUGGACAGACAACCAGAGGCGAAGGAUCCUGCUGGACUUCCUAGAGCGCUGCUCCCUCUUGCAGCUCAGGUUCUGCGUCAAGCAGCUGCAGGCUCGAGUUCCAGUGGAAGCCCUGGAUUUCACCACCAAGCUCCCCAGGGUUUUGUCCCUGUACAUCUUUUCUUUCCUGGACCCUCGUAGUCUCUCCCGAUGUGCUCAGGUAAGCUGGCACUGGAAGAACUUGGCAGAACUAGAUCAGCUCUGGAUGCCAAAAUGCCUGCGCUUUGGGUGGUAUCUCAAUUUCUCUCCAACCCCGUUUGAGCAAGGAAUCUGGAAGAGACACUACAUUGAGGUGGUGAAUGAGUUCUGGGUCACCAGCCCUAAGAGCCCUCCAAAAGAGGCCUUUGUGGUUGUUGAUGUUCAGCCUAUAACGAAAGAGGGCCUGGAGGUGAAACAGUCCCUGUCACCAUCAGUCCUCCAAUCAGCAUCUCCGCUUAGAAAGAGGAUGAACAAGGAGAAGCAAGAUCUCCCUCCCUGGCGUUCUUCAGAUAAGCAUCCUACAGACACAAUCAGAUUCAAUUACCUGGACAACUUUGAUCCCAUCGAGCAAGCGAGGCAGGCUAGGAAGAAAGGAGGAGGGCUCACCCCAGACCUCAGCCAGUCAGCCUUCCUGAAGAAAAGGAAACCAAGCAGUGCUUCGUACAAACUCCGAAAAGCAAAGUCCCUGCAGCCUGGGGCUGAGCUGCCAAGGACCCCGGAGUGCAGGAAUCAGGUGUCCCUCUCUGCAGACCUUGGCUCACAGCCAAAGGCCCCCGCUCGCCCCAACUGGGCUACUUAUCACUCUGUGGGCUAUCCUGCCACCAAAGCAAUGGCCAAGAUCCUUGCCCAGAGCACCCAGUGGAAUGCUGGGAUACGGCCGGCACCUGCCCAGGGUCCAGUCCCACAGCUGAGCGAGAAGGGGAAGAAGGCCUUUGCACGGACAAGCAGAAGCUCUCCAACAUCUCCACUCUUUGAAAGCCUGCCCUGGGAACUUCCCCCAUCAGACAUGGGAUCUGAUGCAGAACAGGAGGAUGGAGAAAAGAGACUUUUCAAAGCAACACACUUGAAUUAAUCUCCCCAAGGGAAAGACAGAUGUUGUUGCAGGUUACAAUCGUGUUCCCAGAGCUAUGAGCCUGGCUUUCUGAAAAGGGGCUCUUUGGACGAGGAUUAAGAAUCAUGUGGAUUUAUCAUGUCUGCAUUUCUAUGGUGGACAAACCAAUGAUUAACCAAUGGACUGUUGGGACAACCUGGAUUAAAAAAACAACACCAAAACUGUUCAGAUAGGAACUUUGCACAUGGCCUUAGACAAGGCACUAUUUCUCAGCCUUAGUUUCCAAGCUGUAAAAUGGGAAUGGUGGUGGUCUACCUCAUCGAGUUGUUGUGGAAUUGAUGGUCGGCAACAGUGCAGUGCUAUCCAUAUCUACUCAGAAGUACGUCCCACCGAAUUCAAGGGGACUUACUGUGAAAGUUUUUAAUGAAUAUUUAAAACGGAAACCUGCAAAAUGGCGCCCUCACGCUUCUCCCGCACCUCCCUGUUUUGCUGGCUCAUGAAACGUAGCAGAGUUUCUCCUUUCUGCGCAACUUUUAAACGUAGUGGUUUGCAGCCCUUCUGUGUGUAAAGCUCUCAGCAAUAAAAUGCUGACAGUUUCUUCCAAACUGUUAACAUUUAAUAAUAAAAUAAUAAACUCCAGGAGAGCUUUCUCCCAUUGCUUCCUCCUGGCUUGAAAACGAAAGUAGAAGAGGUUCACACACAAAGAAAGAUUCUGGUAUGUGAACAGCCCCACCCAGUGGCCAGAGCGUCAUAGCAGAGCCAUUAACUCUUUAAGCUCUGAUAUUCUUCACAAUUACUCCCUUGGUAAGCAUUUAUAGCAGGGGUCCCCAAACUUACUCGGCUUCGGGCCAGAUGCCCACCGCACUGAUCGUGUGGUGGGCCGGAGGGCGGGGGAGCGGGCGCGGGCGCAGGGGAGGACGCGGCUGUGUGCGCCCAUGCACAUGCGCAAACACUAUUUCUGGCACACUCCCGACCUGAAAAGCAGCGGAAAUAGCUUGUGCACCUUUGGUGGUCCCUUCCAGCACUAAAAUUCUAUGACUCUAUAUGCGCUCAGCAACAUCUGUUUCUCUCUGCCCCCUUUAAGCUUAUUGUAUAGCCAGAUGGAGAGAUUUGACGGUCUCAAAGGCUUGCUCACUUCUUUGUAGCCUUUCACUUGGUCCUAAUAAAUCCAUUUCCCUCUUGUUACAUUUGGAUUUUAUUUCCUCUCUUAGACUGCAGUCCUAACUCUACCUGGAAGUUGGCCCCAUUGAAUUCAACAUGACUCAAACCUUCUGAGCAGGCGUGGGACUAUGCUGUAUAAUUAAGCCUUCUA